AUGGGUCUUCGAGGUCACACCUUGAGUAGGUUACAGACGGCCCUCAUCGUCGCUCCGUCCUUUAUUCUAUUUGGUUACAACCAAGCCGGUAUCGGUGGUUUAAUCACCCAGGACGACUGGGUCGCAACAUUUCCAGAGAUCGACACUGUUCACGCCAAUCCCAGCGAGAAGGGACCGAGAUCUACACUUCAGGGGUUCGUUGUUGCGGUCUUCGUCAUCGGCGCUCUCUUCGGUUCUCUUUCGUGUUCAUGGACAGGCGAUCACUACGGUCGGCGCAAGAUCAUCUUCGUUGCUGGUAUCCUCACACUUCUUGGGGAGGUCCUCGAGGCCACGUCAACGGGACUUCCGCAGUUUGUCAUCGGCAGGAUCAUAGUCGGCUUCGGUAUCGGUCAACUCAGCUCGCUCGUCCCCGUGUGGCAGAGCGAGACCUCGGGCGCAGAUAACCGCGGCAGGCAUGUUGUUUUGGACGGUCUUUUCAUCUGUCUCGGUUACGUCCUCGAAUCCUGGAUCAACCUGCGCUUCUUCGAGUAUCAAACCGGGCCCAUCACAUGGCGCCCACCAAUCGCUAUCGCAUGCGUCUUCUCGUUAAUACUCAUCUCUAGCAUUUAUUUGUUCCCCGAGUCGCCACGCUGGCUUUUGAUGAUGGGAAAGAAAGAGCAGGCCCUCGAAAAUCUCACUAUUCUUAGAUGUGCCCCUCCGGAUUCGCGUGAGAUCGAGGGUGAGCUUUCAGGUAUCGAAUUGUCCCUUGACAUGUCUAAGAAACACGGCGCCGGGUUAUCGCAGCUUUUCCGGGCAGGAAGGGAUAAAUUGCCAUACCGUUUCGCUCUCUGUAUUCUCUUGCAGUUCUUUCAGCAGAUGUCCGGAAGCAAUCUUAUCAGCGUCUACGCCCCGAUCCUCUUCCAGGAGAACCUCGGCCUAAGCAGUGAAAUGUCGCGAAUACUCUCGGGCGGGGCCCUAACGUGGAAAUUUCUUUCAUCAUUCCUCGCAUUCGUGGCCAUUGACAGGUUUGGGCGAAGGGCCGUCUUCAUGGCCAGCGGCGCCGGCAUGUCGUGCUGCAUGGUGGCGCUCGCGAUCGCCACUUCGUUCCCCGCUUCCAACCGACCCGCUCAGGUCAUCGCUUGCUGCUUCAUUUUCCUAUACAACACAUUCGUACCUAUCGGUUUCCUCGGUGCCAAUUUCCUUUACUGUACCGAGGUCGCACCAAUUCGGCUGCGUAUGGCAAUGAGUUCAAUUUCAACGGCGAAUCACUGGGCUUGGAAUUUCAUUAUCGCAAUGGUAACCCCCGUCGCCAUCUACAGCAUCGGCUGGCAGUAUUACAUAAUUUUCGCAAUAAUCGCAGCUUGUAUUCCGGUUACGGUAUACUGCUUCUUUCCCGAGACGAUGGGCCGGACUCUCGAAGAGAUCGACCUUUUAUUCAAGGGGUCGCCAUCCGUAUGUGGUACCGUUCAGUUCGAGAGGAAAUUACGUCGCAACAAUGCGCAUCACAUAUUACGGGAGAAGUUAGAGGGUGACCUUGUGCUUCAAGGUUCAAACGGGGACACGUAUGAAACUUUUGAGACAUAA